CGAGAAGGCCCUACCUCUAGCUCUACUAUCUCGCGCACCGGCGGCCUUACGAAGAGCUCUACGAUAGAGGGGAGUAACUCGUUUAAGAUUAAUGGAUAAGACUAAGGGGGAAUAGACGACAUAUUUAACGACGACGGCUCUAGAAUUGACGACAUAGUUGCUGCUAUAUACAGGAGAUAGAGAGGCUUCACGAGAGCUUAGGGCCUGCCCAGCGACGGUGGACCUCGAAAGAAUUGUAAUGGUUCGAAGAGGAAAGAGCGAUUGAGACAAGUCGAGAGAGAACGCGACCCUGGAUUUCGUCAUCGUCGGACUCCAGACUUUCACAAGACAGCCAGACGCUCUUGACUGUCCGGUUGACAAAGCAGUCCCAAGACGACAUCAUCACAUCCAUCUGCCUGUCAUGUAUCGCAACGAUCCUCUCGCCAUGUACAACCAGGCCAUGCUGUCGCGAGGCGGCCGCCCUCGCCGCUUCGAUGAGUACUACCGCUGCUACCCUGUCGCCAUGAAGACAGACCGUGAAGAUGUCAUCCACGGCGGAAAGGUCUAUCUGCCUGCCUCUGCUCUGGACAAGCUCACCCAGCUACACAUCACCUACCCCAUGCUCUUCGAACUCAUCAACGGCGCAAAAUCAACAAAGACGCAUGCCGGUGUGCUCGAAUUCACUGCUGAAGAAGGCAAGAUCUAUCUGCCCUACUGGAUCAUGCGCUCGCUCCUCCUCGACCCCGGUGAUCUCCUCCAGAUAAAGUCUACCGACCUCCCAUCCGGCACCUUCAUCAAGCUGCAACCUCAAAGCCCCGCCUUCCUCGAUAUCUCCGACCCCAAGGCCGUCCUCGAGAACGUCUUCCGCAGUUACUCAUGUCUUACAGUCGGCGACGUCUUCUCCUUCAGCUACGUCGACCAGAUUCACGAGAUCGCCGUCCUGGAAGUAAAACCCGACAAGGAUUCACAUUCCAUCAGUGUCCAAGAGACUGACUUGAGUGUCGAUUUCGCCGCUCCUGUCGGCUACAAGGAGCCUGAGCGUACUAGCGGUACCUCAACACCUGCACAAGUCAAGGGAAUGGGCGGUUCCAUUCACACUCAAGGGACCAUGGCCCAAGCCAUCAACUACUCCGCCAUCGCCCCCAACAGCACAGAUGCAGCAACAGGCCAUGCAGCAGCUGCCUCACAUUUUAUCUCUGCUGGUCACCGUCUCGUGCCAAAGAAGGGUAGCAAAACCGCAACUCCAUCCUCCACCGGAACAUCAACUCCAGCACCUGCAGAAACUGUCGGCAUUCCCGGUGUAGCCCAGACGCAAGCCCGUAGAAACGGCCCUCAGCCCCUACGCCUGCCACCAGGAAAGCUCUUCUUCGGCUACGAAAUCAAGCCCAAGCCAGCAAAGAAGGAGGAUGCCGAGGAGGAGCCAAAGAAGCAGCACUUUUUCUCCGGUGAAGGUCAGACUCUUAGAAAGAAGAAAUGAGCUAUUCGCUUGAAGAGGGAAAUAUGGAAGUAGACGUGAAAGAUGAGGAUGAUACUUCGCAGAUGACUGUUGCUUUCCAAGCGUAUAUCACGAGGAGUUUCGAGGGUUGGCCUGAUAGAAUGGCCAGGAUCAAAGGGGG